AUGUGGCUACUCUUCUGCCAAUUUUGUUGUAGUGGUUUGCAACCUACGAUACAUUUGACAUUCUUCGAUCUCCAACAUCAUUUCAUAUUCAGCAAGAAAAAAGCGCCAGUCGAUGGCAUUGAAGCUAUUCAGCGAGAUGGCGCUUCAAUAAGCGAGCACGCUAUAGUCAAAUAUGCGAAUGACGACAGACCUGAUGAAAAAGAGAGACAAGAUCUCGAAAACAUGUUCAAAACUGUAUUGAGGAUAGGCGUUCAAAACUCGGAUAUUGUCUAUACACACCUUUUACAAUUAUCACAAUGCUACGAGGCUAUGGCAAGGAACAACAAACUAAUCGUUUUCACCAAUGACAUAUCUGUACGAAAAGCGUUCAACGGAUUGAUUUAUAAUUGCAUGCGUACUGGUCUAGUCGCUGAUUCAAAAACAUUGGAGAUUACCGGAGUAUUAUCGGUUACCGACUUUAUAAUGGUCCUUAUGAUGUUGUGGAAGUACCGUGAGAAUCUUGACGAGCUCAAAGGCACUCCGCUAAGCCAUGAGGAUUUCCGACAGAUGGAUAUUGCGUACAUGCCAAUUUCAAGAUGGAAAGGGUGUCUGGAAAUGAAAGGUCAAUUGAAACCUUUUAUUCACAUUGGUUUGAAAGAAAGUAUAUUCCGUGCUGUCGAAUUGCUUACCAAAUAUAGAAUUCAUCGCCUUCCCGUCAUGGACGAAAACACUGGGGAUUGUGCAUACAUUCUGACGCAUCGUAGGAUAUUACACUAUCUUUGGAAACACUGCGCGCUCCUUCCGAGACCAGAAUGUUUGAGUUCUCGAGUAGUGGACUUGGAAAUUGGAACAUGGCAAAACUUGCUAUAUGCCAACGAACAAACACCGUUGAUUGACUGUUUGGACAUGUUGAUUGACAACCAUAUCAGUGGAAUUCCAGUUGUGGAGAAGACAACUUUAAAGGUUGUCGAAGUAUACACCAGAUUUGAUGCAGCGUCAGCGGCCUUUUCUGAUAACAUCGAUCUCAGUGUCACCGUCACAAGAGCUAUCCAGGAUCGGGAUUAUCAAUGUGGGAUUCGUCGUGACGCAGUUGUUACUGCACAUUACACCACUACUUUGUGGUCACUCAUUGAGAUUUUUAUAGACAAAAAUGUUCAUAGAAUAUUUAUGGUUGAUGACAAGACCAUCUUAAAGGGAAUAAUAUCUUUAUCUGACGUCAUCGAGUAUUUAGUGCUCCGUCCAACACGGAAAACUGUAAAUGGGAAUUCCAAGUGA